AUGGGCAACCAACACAGCAUGUACCCCACCGUGACCAAAAGCGCCAACCUCGGGGGGCAGCAGGUGCUACCGUGUGAGGUGCGGCCAAACAGCAACCCGGACGCCCAGUACGUCGUGUCGUGGACCAAGAGCGGUAUCAAGGACUCGCUGCUGGUCAAGUUUGAAGGCUACAACAACCCGGCGGUCAUGGAGGGAUACAAGGACAGGUUGGAUGUGGUCAACAAGGCCUCGCUACAGAUAUCACAUAUUGAGAGCAGUGACGAGGGCUGGUACUCCUGUGAGGUGUACUUCACUGUUGAGAGAGACGACAAGAAAAGAUUACCCUCCGAUUAUUCCUGGGUUUACCUAACCGUACACA